CAAAGAAAGCCCACAUGCAGUCAGUGAGGUUGAUAUUGUUUCAGCUGUUAAUUCUCUUCAAGUGUCCGACACACCAAGACCAGACGGCAUCCCAGUUUCCUUCUACAAAGACAACAUGAAGGAUUUAAUUCAAUAUAUAAAGAUGCUCUAUAACAGAAUCCACAGUGGUGCAUUUAACUGCUCUGAGAAACACUUUAAAGAAACUGUGAAAAGUCAACAUGAUGAUAGUCAACACUUCUUUAACGUGGACUACCUUAUCAUUGCAACUAUUCUGGCAAAACGUCUUGAAGACGUCAUGGAAUCUCUUCCAAAAGGGCAAAUACCAAAAGAUUCAGCUACUCUCAUGAUCACUCCCAAAACACAUUAUGCUUUAAUAAGUUUAAGUCAUAUUAAGGAUGAGCUGGAACAGAAAAAAAAUUCAAACCCGACUCUGAGCCAGGAUCUUCUCAUAAUAGAAAACCUCCUCAAUGAUGCAGAAGAAGAUUUUUCAGUGGAGAAAUACAAAGUGCUGCAUCAGAGUUGCCCUUUGACCCCAGGACUCAUUACACUUGCUCUGAAAAGCUACGCCUCACAGUUAUUUGACCAUUUAGAAAACUUUGGGAUUUUUACUUUCAAACAAAGUGUGAUAGUUUGCUUUCAACCCGAGGACCUAGAUAAUGUCAAAGCUACUGUGAAGAACAGUGUUAGUGAUGUAUAUGAAAUGGAGAUAUUAUCCAGAGGAAAUGGUGAACUGCUUCAAUUAAACUGCUCAGGAAACGAUUUUAAGGAUGAAGACUGUGAUGACUGGUACAUAGAGACAUUUCUGAAGAACAACGAAAAAUCAGCAGAAAUUUGCACUCAAUUAGAUGAAAGGGAUGCUGGGACUGAAUGUGAUGAAAAUGAAUCAAUGGAUGUUGAUGUAAGAUCAGCCAUUUGUGGAGCCCCCAAAGAAGAGAUGGAAGCAUAUCAUGGGAUGAAGAAGAAUACACCUCCACUGCUUCCUGUCCCAUCACAAUCUAGAACAAGUACUAAAAGAAAACGAGAUCAUGAAUCAUCUGACAUGAAUAUAGAGCCACCACUGACAACAGAUAUGAUCAUGGAGAAUGCUAGACAAAUUCUGAAAAGAGUCGCUAAAAACUCCGAUCAAAUCAAUAUAGGCAGCAGGAAGAAGGCAACCAUAGGGAUUUUUGGAAAAUCAGGAGAAGGAAAGAGUUCCCUUUUAAGUGCAAUCUUGGGGAAAAAGGAUCUCUUACCAUCUGGUUGUUUUGGUGCCUGUACAGCUGUUGUUACUCAGGUGGAAGCCAAUCUGAAUGACUCCAACUACAAAGCAGUGAUCGAACUCUUUUCUCAAGAGGAAUGGGAGAAUGAGCUCAAAGAUCUUUACAGAAAUAUAAAAGAUGUGAGUGAGGACAGGAAUGAGGACUUUGUUGAAAUUGCUAAAGAAAAGAUCACUGCGCUGUAUGGAGUUGAUCCAGAACUGAAAACAUUAGAAGAGCUCAAGAAUGCUAAAAAAUUUGCUGAGAUUAAAACUUUUUUGUCUAUCAGUAAGAAAAUAAUCUCAAACAGUAAUCUUUCUGAAUUUACCAACGAUGUUGCCAGUUACAUACAACACAGUGAGGCAAGUUCUGGUGACUGGUACUGGCCACUUGUGAAAAGUGUGACGAUCAUGAUACCAGACUGUCGUGAACUCCUGGAACACAUUGUGCUUCUUGAUCUUCCUGGGACCGGAGACUGCAACAGGAUUAGAGAUGACCUGUGGAAAUCUAAACUGAGAGAGUGCUCUUCUGUGUGGAUUGUAAGUGAUAUCAAUCGAGCAAUCACUGACAGAGACCCCUGGGGGAUAUUAAAGCACUGCAUUGAAGAACUGGGACCAGGAGGAAAAUGCAAAAAGAUCAACUUCAUCUGUACGAAGACUGAUGAUAUCAAUACAGAAGCCUAUAUUAGAUGUGCGCGGCUUUCAAGAGACCCAAUCUCAGAAGACAAGGAUCAGAAAAAGGCAUGCAUACUUCAUAGAAAUGAUAAUGCCAAGACAAGAGUCAAAGAAAAGUUUGAAAAUUCUGAAAUCAAGAAAAUAUUCAUAACUGACAAUCAGUUUCAAGUUUUCACUGUAAGUUCCAAUGCAUUCUUUGACCACAAUUUAAAUCUGGAAUCAAGUGAAACAGAAAUCCCAAAGUUGCAGGAUGAUCUGAGGAAUCUUAACAAGAGCUUUAACAGAGAACUGACUAGAGAUUAUGUCAAUGAAGUAAAGGGAACUUUGCUCUUAAUUCAAAGUGGCCAGCUGGAUCCAGACAAGAAAAUGAUUGAAAUAAAAGUCAACAUCCGCAAAAAAUUUGAGGAGAACCUAAGGAAGUCACUAAUUGAACUGGACAAAUAUUUUGACAACGUUUAUAAUGUUAUGGAGCAGCAUCUCUCAAAGGGAGUGGAAGAAUCUGUGCAAUUAUGUGUUGCUUCCACAGAGGCAAUGAUAGCACCUAAUACAGAUGGAAGGGGUUUCCAUAAAAUCCUUGGAGCUUUGUGCAAAAACUAUGGAUGCUAUUGGUCAAAAAAUCGGGAUGUAGUUCUAGACCUGAACAAAACUUUGGCCAAGUAUUUGCACAAACACAUUGAUGAGGAUUUCUAUAAAAUUUUUCCUGUGACUGGGAAAACAGGGAAGUCAGUGCAGGAACAGAUUGAUAAAUUCAGUAUCAUCCAGAGUGACUCUGCUUACCCCAGCUGUGACAUAGUAGAUAACAUUCAAAACUUCAUCAAAAUAGAGGAAACCAGACUGAAGGAAGGACUCAACAGAGACAUUGUUGACAAGAAGAAGGACAUCUACUCAUCAAUCAAAAUAACCAUUUCGAAUCAAAUGGCUUCUUGCUAUCAGCAAGCUGCAGCUGUGACAGGAACAGGAUCCAUGAAGAUAAGGCAAGAACUGUUAAUAUCCACAGUCAAUAAAAUAAAACAAGACAUGUACAACAAAGCAAAAGUGGAAGUGCUAAAAAAGUUUAAUAAGUUGAAGCUGGACAUAAAGAGUGCUCUUGAAAGCGAACUACAGGAAGCAAUAGAACGUUCACAAUCACAAGCCAGCAAAAAGAAACGGAUGGAUGUCUCCAGAGAGAUUGAACAGCUGGAGAAACUUCUAGACCAACUGUCUGACUGAUGCUCAACAAACAACAAGAAGCCCAAGAAAAACGGCACAAAUCAGAAAUCACGAAAGAAGCGUAACAACUGUGGAACAAGUGUAACACAUUUUCAGUCAAUUUUUUACAGCAAACAUUUUAUAUUAAGUGUGUUUAUUUUUAUGUGGUGGAAGAGUCAUUUUCAUAAAAUUUCUGAACUUUGGGAUUUAUAUUAGCUAGGGUUGCAUGAUAGACAAACUCUAUACUGAUUUGUUGUUUUUUAUUAUAACCGUUAUAUAGCGAAACAUGGAAAGUACAUUAAAACGUAGCUGUCUAAUUUUCAAGAACCUUUAUACAGUUCUGUCAGGACCAAAUGAUUUAAAGUUUGGAGUGGGGUUAGGGUUCUGUUCUGGGUAAAAACUCCCUGCCCAUCCAUGCAACUGUCAUGACUGAGACGGGAGAGCAGCCAUAACCUCCUUUAGGGUUAACAGAACAGAACAUGAUGUAGCAUUUAUAAUUAAUGUUAUUAAUGAUAUUUUAGUGUGACAACAUUAUUCAAGAUGAAUGUAGUCUGAUUCAGGAAACCAAGUCUUGACUGUGACAAGAAGUGGGGUUGGGGAUAGAGGGGGAAAUUUGCUUCUGAGCGAUGAGCAUAAGAGACCUCUUUCAAAAACAUUAAAAAAAUAGUAGUGUGUCCAAACUAUUACCUGGUAAUAAAUGUUUAAUCAGAUGUUGUAAAAAUAAAAAGGUUAGGAAUCAUAUUUGUUUCAAGUGCUUUUUAUUGGGAGUGGGGGCUUCCAAAUAUCUAAAACCGGUCCUGGACUUAGAAGAUGUCUUUUCCAAUCUGACUUACAAAUGAACAACAUUACAAGCAAUCCCACAAUUACUGACCAUUCCAUCCAUCACAAUGCAUGAGUCUGUUUUUACAUCUAAAACAAAAUCACUCUCGAUGGAGCUGUGAACUAGUACUUGGAUGUAUAUUCAGCUUAUUUUGCAACACAGAAGUCAGCAGUUUCCUGUGAAUGUGCAAAAAUUAUAGUUUAGGUAUUAUGAAAAUUAUGUAC